GGGAAACAACCUGCAGGGGAAAUACGCGUCUCCGACCGCCCCGGCCCCUUUGCCAGUGGCUUGGUUUGUUUUUUUGGCCAGCGACCUGCGCUCCACUUUUGAGGAGGACGGAAUGGCAGUGGACCCUUGACCUUUAGUAAGGAGAUGAUUCUUCUGAGCCAUACGGUCUUCAUUUGGAAGAGCUUUCUCUCUUGAGAAGUCCAUCUGCCCUCCAUAUUCUUUCCAAGAGCAUUUAAUGGAGAACAAAACUGAUCCCGAUGCUGAGAAGACUAGAUUAGAAAAGGCAGAGAAACGGAAGGAAAGUGCUCCUGAUGCCAUGGAGUCUCAGAAGUUGGAAACAGCCAAACGUCUGGCUACAUUAAUCACAGGCCUGGUGGAGUGCAUGUGCUUUGCAGGCAUCAUUUUCGGGUGGACAUCGCUGGUCUAUGUCCUCAAACAUCAGAAGUACUUUGAGAACUUUUGCAAGCCAGCUGCCAAUACAACCAUCAAUCAAACUCAAGACUGUACUGCUCAGGAUGAACAGUUAUCUCUCAUCUUCACCAUUGGCUCCUUCAUGAACAACUUCAUGACCUUCCCUACUGGCUACAUCUUUGACCGCUUUGGCACCACAGCAGCCCGUCUGGUUGCCAUAUCCUCCUACACCAUGGGUACUCUCCUUGUUGCAUUUUCUUCAGCAGCCACUGCAGUAAUGUUGUAUCCAGCAAUGACAUUUAUUUCUGUUGGUGGGAUCCUUUUCAUUCUCACAAAUAUGCAGGUUGGGAACCUGUUUGGAAAACAUCGGUCCAUCAUCAUUACCCUCUACAAUGGAGCCUUUGAUUCUUCCUCAGCUGUAUUUCUUAUCAUCAAGCUCCUGUAUGAGCAAGGCUUCUCCCUGCAAGCCAUGUUCUUCUUCAUGUCUGCCUGCAGCGCCUGGCACUUAGUUCGCACCUUUUUCCUGAUGCCCCGAUACCAUAUUCCUUAUCCACUGCCCCCAGGCUAUACAUAUGGAUUGAAGUGUCCUGGGAUUUCCCAUUCAUACCGCACUUAUGAGGAACAAGGCUCCCCCAAGAUCACAGUUGCAGGUGAAGCCCAAGAUUCAAAUAAUCUACAUGAUGAGUCAGCACUCAAAGGAGAACAAGCUACCAUCAAGGACAAAGGUGAUGCUGAGAUUGGAUCAGAUGCCAAGGAACCGCCUGUUAAAUCCUUCUGGAAAUGUGUUUUCUCCAUGUUAUUUUUCUGGCACUUGAUAUGGCUGUCAGUGAUGCAGUUGCGCCAUUACCUCUUCAUUGGCACCCUCAAUCCCAUGCUGAGAAAACUCGCAAAUGAGGACGACAGCCUUGUGAGUAGCUUCACCAAUGCAUUUGCCAUCACACAGCUCUGUGGAGUCCUCUGUGCCCCUUGGAAUGGGCUUAUUCUUGACUGGCACAAACACAGGCAAAAGAAGGGAGAAAGUUAUUCAGGGGCACCAGAUCCUCUUGCUGACCUCCGUUCUUGUAUCCUGUCCCUGGUCAUUACAGUAUUACAGUGCCUGGCCUUCUCCAUCUGUGCUUCCAUUCCCGUGCUGCCUGUGCAGUAUGCCACAUUUAUCCUGCAAGUUCUGAGCCGCUCCUUCCUCUAUGGAGGCAAUGCUGCCUUCUUGGCUAUUGCUUUUCCCCUUGAACAUUUUGGGAAACUCUAUGGUCUGGUGAUGGGACUGUCAGCUGUGGUGUCCCUCCUACAGUAUCCCUGUUUUACACUCAUCAAGGGUCCACUAAAAGGGGAUUCCUUUUAUGUUGACAUUGCCUUCGUAGUGUUAAUGCUUCUGGCUUUGGUCAAUCCUUUCAUGGUGUGGCGGGAAUGUAAGCGACGACAGAAGAAGCAGGCUGCAAGAAAGCCAGUCCUGGAGCCUUCCAUCUGAGUCCAUCCCAGUUUAGGCUUUGGGAACACCACCUAACAAAAGGGACCCUUACAAAGGCCUGUGUGGGAUUAAACACCGUCUCUAAAUUUCACAGCAACAAAAUAGGCCACAGUCCCACAUGAUCAGGUGCUCUUAAAUCCCUCAGAUUAAAAGGGUUUAACUGUGUCUAAAUGUGGGCUAGGUUACUAAUUCCAUGUUUCAAAAUGAGGUUUAAAUACACAAUCUCUUUCUCUCACACUGUGUAGCAUUUUAUAGAAAUUAAAACCAGAUUCAUAAUUUGGAGUGGAGGGAAUAUAGAAUAUUUUUCAUUGUUAUGUAUUUUUUUUCAGAUAUCUAUUUUUGUGUAUUGUAUAAAAUUUUAGUAUAGAAGCCAAUCUUUUUUUCAAACUUAAAAUGUUUAAUAACCAGAAACUGUAUUUUUUAAUAUGAUAUUUUAAACUUUUAAAACUUCCUUUAAACUUUUAAAUAUAUUGAGAAAACUUCUCUCUCAUUUUUAAUUAUUUAAACAUUAUAAUGCUUGUUUCUACAAACUGAACUGUAUGUUAACUCUGAAGAACAACAACAAAAAAGUAAAGCCCAGGAGCAGCAGGAGGAAAAAUUCAGCUAUUAAAAAAAGAAGAAGAAUCUAUCAUAAAAUCAAGUGCCAGUCAACGAAAGCUAUAAGGGCAGGAAACAGGUUCUGGAUGUUUUUUUAAAAAAAUAAUUGGACCUCAAAGUUCCAAUAUUAAAAUAAUAUCAAAAAUUAGAGAAAAGACAGCGAGUGCUAUAUAUUCUAUGACAGAACAGCAAAAGUUUAAAAUCUCAUUGCUCGGGCUUAGGUUCCCACAACCUUCACUUUGUUUUCCAUCUCUCCAGACAUUGAAUUCUCAAUGGGGCAUUAUACUUCACAGUCAAGCUCCUUGCAAAAAACAUGGGGUAGUCAGCUACUGGAUCACAAAACUGCCCUUCCCCCAAAAUGAGUUAGCCCUAGACUAUGAGUCCUAUCACAUGCUGGAAAACUCAUGCAGAGUGGGAGUUGUCCCCUAGCACAAUUUACAGUCUGUCGACUACUGAAAACUCCAUUAUUUUAUUUUGUGGCUUCAGCAUUGGAAAGAAUAGGUAUGGAAAGUGUAUCUUCCACUUUUCAGAUAAAAAUCCCUACCUCACAUCUCCAUAUCUUAGAACAUCCCUGAAAGCAAUUUACAAAUUACUUUUGGGGCAGUCAAGAAGCAAAAACAAGUGGGUGUUACUUUCCAUUGGGACCCAAGUGCUAAUCCAAUGGAGUACAGUACACCAAGGCUCUGUUACAAUACUUGUCUUCUACAUUUUCAUUCCUUUGAGAGGGUUAAGACAAUUCUGUCUUCUGGUAGACAAAGACAGACUCCAAAGUUCUAUCAGUUUGUUUU